AUGCACCAUCAAGUUCUGGAGGUGCCACAGACCUUCAUCGAGCUCCUUGGGGUGCCGGCUUUGACUACACGACGCGCUGAGAACGCCGCAGGUUCUCGGGCAAUUUCCUGCGACCCCCAAGCCGCCGGAGGCACGCGCGGGGCUCCUAGGGCGAAGGAUGCGGCAGACCAGGACAUUUUGAGAUCGCUCACGAGGCCGGGAGGGGCUCGCGGCCGCGAAGCGGCGCGAGCGCAAGCUUUAACGAGCCGUCGUACUCGACGAGAGGUAAGGAGGCUCGCGCCUCCCCUCGCUCUGUUCAUCCGCGCAUACUCAGACGACGCGCGGGGGAACGCUGUCGGCAGCAAGUCGACUUGCGCGAUGGUCCACGACCUUGCCGACCGCCCCACCGCCGUUGGAGCCAGAAGGCUAAGUAGCCGCCGCAAAGACGGAUGCGAGAUUUUGACCUCACAUGCCGCUUUCUUGGCAGCCCCUCGCACGGCUGAUGGGAGGGGAGACUAUGCCGCUGAGAGCCGGUCGAGGCGAGGCGAAGCGCCGUCACGUCGAUUGGUUGAGGCCGAGUCGACGAAUUCACGGAUUUUCGUCCGCCUAGCAGGCUAUCCAGACCUCCUCAUCGCCGCAUUCCACGCCACUCGAGGCUACAAGCGCUUGUCUACUCACGAGGGGAGAAGGGAUGCGGCGCACCCGCCCCUCCACGGCCAUCCCCCAUCACCCCACAACCCCCAUGUCUUGCCAAUACACAGGGAGCGCACUGAGAUCGUGGAGGAUGGUGCUAAGGACUCGUCAGGCAAGGUAGAAGGAGGUGGAUGUGGGCCUCCCUCGCUUCAAGAUAAUGUACAAGCAUUACCGCCGGGUCCAGCGCGUCGCGAACUGGCCAGUGCGCUUCGGAGGGGUGGGGUGGGGGUGGGGGGAUUCGCCACCUUCAUAACUCGGUGA